AUGAAUACCAAUCUUUGUUUAUCGCUUUUAUUGGUUGUUGUUCAAAUAAGUCGUGUUUUUUGUUUUCCCAGCGAGGUCAAGAUUGGUGGAGUAUUUUGUAAGGGCAUGGACACAAAAGAAGAGAAAGCGUUUCUUCUUGGCAUUGAUUACAUAAACAACGAYACUUCAAUUUUGYCAAAAACUCGUUUGGUUGCUGUUGUUAACGAUACAUCGAACUUAGAUUCAUUUAGCAACAUGAAAACUGUUUACUGGCAAAUUUACAACGGUGUUUCUAUWAUCAUUGGACCAAUGGUAUCAUCAAUGGUCAAGCCUACCUAUSCUAUCUGCGAAGGYUUUGGUAUUCCACAGAUAUCUCCAUACGCUACUGACCCRUCGUUUGUAUUYUCUCCUCAUCGAUAUACCUUCUUAGUACGCAUGAGCAGUAGUGAUUCAAUCGAGAAUCAAGUUUUAGCUGACUUYAUUAGUCACUUCAACUGGACGCGCGUUGCUUUAUUAUCAAGCAGGAGUGACUAUGGUCUAAACGGUCUUGUAACAUUCAAGGACAUUGCUUCUCACAAAGGAUGGCAGAUWGUUGCUUCGGAAACUUUCCAAGAACACGCCAAUAUAUCUAAAAUCAAUGCAACUAACCAGCUUGUACACGUGAGAGGGCGUGGGGCGAGAAUCAUUAUAUUAAACUGCAUGGCCCAGUAYGUCCAUCCAAUACUACAACAAGCACGUGACCUUGGUGUACUUAAAGAUCGAGUAUGGAUCUUAACCAAUGGUGCCUUUGCUCAUAAAGGUUUAUAUACACCGGGUGUGAACGUUCCUGACUAUCUUAAGGGCGUGGUMGGUGUGAGACAUACCUUCGGUAGCGGUCAAAUGGCGAAUACAUUUAAAACACUCUGGAACAACGCUGGCUAUUCUUCGAUUGACUUUGAGAACGAGGCUGCUGUUGGUCACACGUUCGAUGCUGUGCUUGUCACUGCGCAUGCACUACAGGACUUCUUUAAUCAAGGACACAACUUGAGUGAUGUUUCACCAGCUUUUGGUAUCUAUGACAACACACACACGUGUCACAGAGCCGAGGGAGAGUUUCUUGUAAAACAUUUAAAGAAUGUGAACUCAUCUGGUGUAAUGACCGAUCGUUUAAGGUUUGAUGACAACGGUUCUCCUGUUGAAGACCUGUUUGAUAUUGUGAAUUUACGAUCGUUCGGUUUUGAGAGGGUCGGGYAUUGGAAUCCAUCAACUCGUCUWGUCAUGGAUUUCAACAAGGAGAUAGUUUGGCCMUCAGGAAGAGUAGAUAUCCCAUCAGACAGUGCGUUCCUGAUUGAGAACCGUACACUUCGUGUAGUGACAAUUCACGAACCGCCAUUUGUUUACGUCUUCAAAACUGACGAAGGUGGGAGGACUAAGUAUGUUUAUGGAGGCUUUUGCAUGGAGCUAUUGAAAACUAUCGCAGAGAAAUUAAAGUUUACUUACGAGAUUUAUCCAGUCGCUGACUUCCACUUUGGUUCUCAGGACUUGAUCACUAAGGAAUGGAAUGGUAUGGUCCGUGAUAUUUUACAAGGUAAAGCUGACAUUGCAGUCGCAUCGUUUACGAUCAGUCCUUCCAGACAACGUGUCAUUGAUUUCACUCAACCUUUCAUCGACCUUGGACUAACUGCCCUCGUCAAGUCUGUCACAGACAAGUCCGAUUAUUUCAUGUUCUUUCGUCCAUUUCGUUAUGACUUGUGGCUUGCUAUUGGUUUWACAAUGAUCAUCGUUGGAUUCUUUCUAUGGUUCUUUAGUACAUUCAGCCCGUAUGGUUAYUAUGGUCGAUGUGUGCAGACAUGUCUAACUAGAGUACCAKCCCGAUACUUCAAAUACAGGGACACUUUAACUCUAGUACGUGCCUUCUGGUCAUCUGUGGUGUAUUACGUUGGACAAAGYUCCGAUCAUCUUCAUCCUGUGUGUUCAUCAGGAAGGAUCACUGUUGCUGUUUGGUGGUUUGCUGUGCURAUCAUUGUCUCCACAUACACUGCUAACUUGGCUGCGUUCCGUACAAUCCAGCGAUCCGCCUCACCAAUCAGCACUGUAAGUGAACUUGGACAGCAAAGUYUUAUAUCAUAUGGAACCGUUGAGGACAGUCAGCCACAGAGUUUCUUYGAGUCUUCAGCUAUUCCUAGUUUUAUCACUAUGUGGCAAUACAUGAAAGCACAUCGAACUCUUGUAACGAGCAGUGAUGAAGGCAUCAAAAAAGCUACCSAAGGCAACUAUGCGUUUAUAUGGGACUCUGCAGUACUGGAGCAUGUUGUCCAUCAACAAUCAGACUGCGGUAAGUUGAUGACAGUAGGAAGUCUUUUAGGUAAGAUUGGUUAUGGUUUUGGACUUGCAAAAGAUUCCCCUUUCACGAAACAGCUAAGUUCAGUAAUUCUUGAACUGAAGCACAGCGGAGURCUAGACAUACUCGAGAAGAAAUGGAUUCAUUCUAACGACCGUUGUAGUGAAGACAAACGUGCGACCCUGCAAUCUGUUACGAGUGAGAUGGGCUUUGAGAGCCUUGCAGGAGUAUUUAUCGUGGUAGCUGCUGGUAUUGGCUGCAGUUUGAUUGUAUUGGUGUUGGAAUGGCUUUGGGCAGCCAAUAAUGAUGUACAAAUUGAAAAGAAACAUGGUUCUAAGCAGACUCUACUAACAGCGCUAAACGCUCGACGUAAGCUUGCUUUCCAUGACUGGAGACAUCGAGAAGAUAUCCCUAAGGUUCGUAAGCAUGCUACGUUAAUCUGGGAUUCUGUACGUCCAAUGCUGCCUACAAGACGACCAAAGAAAAUCGACGCUGUAGAAGACGACGUUGAAGAUGCAGAGACUGGAGAAAACAUGGACCGAGUAAUAUCAAUAACACAGACUGCUGAAUUAGAAUACGACGAUGAUGAUGCUGAGAGCUAUGUCGUUUAAACUGACACGAUAUAUUUUUAUUUUGUUGGAAAAUAUAUUCGGAAAACAGCAAAAAAUCAUAAUGAAUAUCGUUUUACAACUCAGUUGACUUUUCUGUARUAUGUUUUACAUCUGAAUUUGACUAAAUUGUGUGUGCGUAUAAAAAAUUACUUUUACAAAGUUGUGACAUGGUGGAAUUCACUUAUAAAACCACUGUUAACUAUACACAAGAAAUCGGCCAAUAUGAGACCAUUUUUUAUUUAUUAAUUCACUUUUCUCUUAAGAUUUUGAUAUAAAUAUUUUGUAAAUGGAUUAAUUAAAUGCUUGACCUCACGUAUAGUCAGCGUCCGCAUUGCUAGACUUGUUACUGCUUUCYGAAAUAUUUGCUUUUGUUUUAAUAUUUUUUUUUAAAAAAUCAAUAAUAUUAAAAUAAAAAUGAUUAAAUUUAUGUAAAAAAUAUUUAUUUGAAAUGGACUAGCUAAUAAAAGAAAGACAGAAAACAAAUCGACGUGAAAAAAGAAAUAAACAAAAAACAAAAAAACACGGCUUUGAGACUCGAACCGCGACAAGUAAGACUGAAGACGCAAGCACCCCCCGGACAUGAAAGA